AGCCAUCUUCACAUCUGCUCUGAGGCUUCUCAUGGGAGUCAUGGUUGAGAACCUUGGAGGUACAGUAAUCAUGGAGAGUAGCGGUAAUAUUUCUUCUACAAAAACAGAGAGAAAAAUCAUCGAGAAAAAUAGGAGAAAUCAAAUGAAAACACUUUACUCCAAGCUCAAUUCUCUCCUCCCUAAUCAGAACUUCAAGGAACCACAGCCACUGCCUGAUCAGAUAGAUGAAGCAAUAAGCCAUAUAAAGAGUCUAGAGGAGAAGUUGAAGAAAGCCAAGGAGAAGAAAGAAGGUUUAACAAGCAGCAGAAAAAGAUCAUAUACAUGCACUUAUGAUCCUACACCAAUCGCUGCUCCAAAAUCACCUCAGCUAAAAAUCCAAGAAUUGGGUUCAGCUCUAGAGAUAGUUUUCACAAGUGGGCCAGAUAAUCAGUUCUUAUUUUAUGAGAUUAUUCGCAUUCUUCAUGAAGAAGGUGUAGAAGUUGUUAGUGCUAAUUUUCAAGUUCUUGGAGAUUCCAUUUUCCAUGUACUUCAUGCACAGAUGAAGGAAUCUGAUAAUGGUUUUGGAGCUGCAAAAGUAACCGAGAGACUGAAUAUGUUCAUUAAUGGAUCCACGAGUGAAAUAGAGUUGGAUUUAGAGCUAUGGGACUUCGAGAUUCAUCCUGGGAUCACUGGGGAACUCCUUACAGGACUAGAGUAGCAUAAAAUAAUGGUAAAUUAGGUACUAGAGUUUAGAAUCUAAGUUUAAUUUCUUGAAUUAUGUGAGCUAUAUAGAUAUUACGAACAAGUUAACAUAUGUAUGGAAAUAUCCUAUAUAACAAAGACAGCUUGUGCCUUGUUGCAUGGUUUUCCCUUCAA